UUUAGCUUGGAUGAGAGUUCUGCUUGCGCAUGUCUCAGAUAGAUACUUCAUAGAACAGUUGAAUACGAAAUCGAUUAAAAAUAAUUUGAAUUUUAUUCGAAUAAAAUGUCUAGAAAAAUAAUAAUCUUUCUAAUUAUGCUACACAUGAGUAUCCAGGAUGAUUUUCAGAACGAAAAUAUAGAAAAUUGUAGAGAAAGGAAUCGUUUAAUAACUACUGAAAAAGGUGACCUCUAUGCAUUAGUUGAUGCAACUGUUGGAGAAAAACUGAUAAUGCAAUGCCACUACUGUAAGGAAAAGGAUGAUACUAGACCAAAAAUUUGGUAUUCUGUAGAUGUUUUUGGAGUAUCUGAACCUCAAGAAGUAGCAAUCUCUAUGCAAAAUGAUAUUUCAAACAACAGGAUUCAAUUAACCCCUGACCAUAGUUUGGUUAUUCUGAAUUUUACUUUUGAUGAUACAGGAGUAUAUUUUUGUAUGGGAGUUGAAGAUAUAGAUACAUUGGAGAAAAUUAAUUAUCUUGUAGAUCUUGUAGAAAAGGUGAAUGUUUCGAAUGUUGAAAAAGGAAAUCUCACUGAUUGGCUCAAAUAUCACGAAGAUAACAUGUCUCCCAUCAAUUAUUUAUUCAAAAAUUCCCUCAGCCCUGAGUACGUUUAUAUAAGGGAAAAACUGAAGUUGGCUUUGGAACUGAAGACCGACUGGGAUCCAUGGGGCCGUUGCGAAGUCUGUGGAAGGACAAAAGGGAUCAGGACGCGAUUAGGUCGCUGUCGCAUAAAAAUAGAACAGAUCCAGAUGAGUGAAGAUUACAAAUUGUUCACACAGGACGAAAUUUUUCUCGUUAAUGCUUUCGAAGUUUCAUGCAGAUCGCUGAUUGUGAAGAGGCUUGUACCUACUAUUUUCAACUCCACAAGAAUCGUGCCUGACUUUACUGAAACCCAAGAAUGUGAAGGCGUCUGUAAUCCUGAUGCUCUAGGGGAAAACGCUGGAUGGAAAACUGGAAAAACGAUGUCUUACAAGUAUAGAAAAACCGUGGUUAUGUCAGAAGGAGAUCAUCUGAUACUCAUAUGUCCAGAAUCCUCCUUGGAUAAUGAAAUCAUCUGGAAGAGAAAUGGUAAAGUUCUGAAGAGAGGGGAACCUCUAAAACCGGAGAAAAAAGACGAAGAACCAAGGAUUCUCGUAGACACCUUCAGCACAUUAUACUUGGUUGAAGUUAAGGCAACGGAACAAGGAAAUUACACUUGCAUUGUAGACGGCAUACAAAUGCAACAAGUUAUGGUUUUUAUUGCAUCCAAAUCGAAAAUUCUCACAAAACUGUUCUUGAGGCAUUUGAUGUACUUGGGGUUUGUCCUGUCCUUAACUUCGUUUUGUUACAUUGGGGGACUCAUCAUAGCUUGCAAAAAGAGGCAUACAUUCAAAACUUACAGAAUGUUGAGAGACGAAGCGAAAAAAUCUGGCAAGGAAGAGGAAAGUGAAGAAGAUGACUAGUUAUUUGUUUAAUUUUUG